UAUUUGUAAAUAAGAAUUGGGCACAUAGCCAUUCGUUUUAAUCUUUUGUUUCCACUUUUUACAUUCUAUUAAAUUUUAAAUACGUAAAUCGUUUAUUCGGCUUCAGGAUGGAAUUCGAUCAAGUCUCUGGUGAUCAAAGCCCCGUUAACACUAAAGCCAGCUGUUUUAGGCCCGAUGGAAUCCCCGGGCUUUCCUCGUUGACGCUGCCGGGAAAGUGUUCCCAAAACUCGCCAUGUCUCAAGAAUCUCUUUUCAACCGAGCCUACGGCGGUGCUCUCCCCUGUAACUAAUCUCGCCCUCAACAUGACCAACCUCGCCGUUAUUGGAAGCCAAUGUGACACUCCCAAAAGAAAAGCCCAUGCACCCCUUCUGAAGAUCCCAUCUUUCGCCUCAGACACCUCCUCUGAUGCUGGCCUCGGAAUGGACUCUCCCAGCCCCCUGGAUCCUGCUGAUGUGGAGGAGUCGUUUGAGAGAGCCAUCCUGGAGGCUGGGAAAGUAAUCAAAGACAGCAGGAUGCCAAUCCGAAGAAACAACUCCCUUCCUCUGCAGCUUCUGGGAUCAAGCCCUGCCCUAAAGGGGAGGGACCCGGAACCCCGCUGCUUCGGGAUCUUCAGCCGAGACAGAGACCAGCCCGACACCGGCCACGGCAACAAGGAAAACGUAAAUUCAGAGGAGGGCUUUGAGUUUAAGAAGCCAGCGCAGCCUGUGUCACGAUGCCGUCUGCGCUCCUUCCACAGCGGAGAGAGCAAGGAGGCCUUUGCCCGCAGGCCAAACUCUGCCCCUGCUCUCAUGAUGUCCCCACCUCCAGUGGAGCGCCUCUGUUCAUUGGACGACAGUCCUGUCACGCUGCGUCGUUCCUCCCUCACCUCCUCUCUCGAUGAUGACGAUGGCUUCCUGGAUGUCUUGGAUGAUGCUGUGGAGAACGAGUCAGAUAUGCCUAUGGGAAUGGCCAGCCUGCUGACCGCACCACUGGUCAGGGAGAAAAUGGCUGAGGAGACUGACUCACCCAUAAUACGCUGUCGGCCACGGGGCCUGUUCCGCUCGCCCUCGCUCCCCUCCUCCACUGGCCGGGCCCCUCUGAAGCGGGCAGAGCGCCCUCUGGAUGAGAACACGCCUGUGCGGGUGAAGAGGCGGCGCAGCCUAGCGGGGUCACAGGUCAGCCCGGCCAAAGACUCUGCCGGGGAUGAAAACAACACACCGGCGGCAUCCAGGUUGGCCCAGAGGUCAAAGUCCUUCUGCCAGACCAACAUUGAGAGGCUGCUGGACAGUGACAUUAAAGGGUUGAGCGGAGACUUCACUAAGCCUCUUGCUUUACCCACCGUUGAGGGCAAGCACCAGGAUCUCAAAUACAUCACUUCUGAAAUGAUGGUGGCAGCUCUCAAUGGGAAGUUCAACCACAUGGUAGAGCGGAUGCUCGUGAUCGACUGCCGGUACCCCUACGAGUUUGAAGGCGGACACAUCAAGGGAGCGCUGAAUCUCCACCAGGAGGAGCAGGUGGAAGAGUACCUCCUGAAGACUCCCAUCGUGCCCUCCUCUCCGGAGAAGCGCGUGCUUCUCGUCUUUCACUGCGAGUUCUCGUCAGAGCGCGGGCCACGGAUGUGCCGCUUCCUCCGUGAGCGUGACCGUGCAAUGAACGAAUACCCCAACUUGCACUACCCUGAGCUCUAUGUCCUCAAGGGAGGCUACAAGGAGUUCUUCCCUGACUUUCAGACGCAGUGUGAGCCCCAGGCCUAUAGGCCCAUGCACCACGAGGACUUCAAGGAAGACCUGCGCAAAUUCCGCCUGAAGAGCCGCACCUGGGCUGGCGAGCGCAGUAAACGUGACCUCUACAGCCGGCUCAAAAAGCUCUGAAGAUGUCCUGCUGAGGAGUCUCCCC